AUGGAGAAGACUAAAACACUUGAUGUGUAUGGAUUUCCUAGUGAUGUGAACGUGUCGGAUGUGAAGAGAUUCCUAGAGCAGUAUACCUCUGAAGAAAGUGUGUUUUUUAUGAUGAUUAGAGUAACCCAAAUGCGUCCUAAAGCGUGUGCCACUAUUCAAUUCACUACUGCAGGACAGGCUGCAACUAUGAUGUCCUUAGCGCAGAAUUUGAAAUACGAGCGUAUGGAUUUAACCCUGACAAAAGAUAUGGUUCCCAAGUCAACAGAGAAUGAACACGGUAUGGAUCAUGUGAAACUAUAUUUUGGCUGUCCGAACUCAGAGGAAAGAUUGUCCCUUUAA